AUGGCUGGCAUGCUAAAGAAUAUGUUUGGCGGCUCUCAGCCGUCAGAUCCAGCCAAAGUCGAGGAUGAUUUCGCCGACUUUGUGAAGGCUCCCGAGCCGUCCCCUGCGUCCAUAGUAGCGGGGUCGUCGUCGGUCCCCGCCCUCGACACCCAGGGUGCCACCGCGGUUCCCUACACAAAAUGGUACCGAGUUUGGGAGCGGACCUCUCCGAAGGACUUUAUGCAGGAAGCAAUGGUCAUGCCGUUGAUCCUUCUGAUUGUUGUAUUUCACCUCUGGGGCACGCGCAAGAAUAGACGGAGAGCCAGGGAAUGGGCCCAGGCUCAUGCGCCGGCUCUCCAGAGCGAGUUCGCGGUCGUGGGAUUCGAUGGCGUCCACAAAUCCACCGGUGAGGCCGAUUCCGCUCCUGCGGAACUGAUCUCUCCGGAGUCCAUUCUGAAGGAGAAGUCUGCGCAAGAGUUCAUCUCCUAUGCCACCGGCAGACAGAACGUCGCCUUCGUCGACAUGUCUAUCAAGUUGCCCAAGCGGUACAACCCCAUUAUUUACUGGUCCGAUUAUGCUCUCAGCUUUUUCUUCGACAGCUGGCAGGCUCCUACCGAGACAUUCGAGGCAGUCGCCUACACCUUUGAUGGCAGGGAGAAGGAUCUUGUUCCCGUACCCGCCAACGAUACUUCGUCCCUCAAGGUGAACAACUCGGCCUAUGACGGUUUCAUCUGGGCUGUUGUGCACAAGAACCACAUGCGCAAGUUCCGCCUGGAUCGGUACGAUGCGUCGAUGACCUUUACCAAGGACAAUGCCAAGCUACCAUCCUGGGUUACCGUUAUGACAGAAAGUGCCGAAAUCACCGAUACUCUUCUCACUCCUGAGUUGAUCCAGGCUAUCGAGAAGGCUGGAGACUCUUUCAGAUAUUUCAUUGUCACUGACCAGCCCAUCGACAAGCCCUUGAAAAUCGAGGAGACUACACCCCGGAAGCGCAUUCAUUAUUCCAUCUCUCUCCCCUCGUCUGCGUCUGGUUACUCCGCCACCACGCCACUGUUCAAUCAGUUCCUUCGCUUUACUGACAAGCUUGUUGCGUCUGCUCAUUUCCGUCCGGAGGUGAUGCGCAAGAUCAAGCACGUCCGUGAAGAAGAAAUCAAGAAGCUUCGCCGCGCUGACGAGGAAGAAAAGGCAGAGGAGCGCAGGCUGGCAGCUGAGAAGAUCAAGAAGGAGGAGCGAGAGCGACUCCUCCGUGGCAUGACUGCCGAAGAGCAGCGCAAGUUCCUUGAGCGUGAAUCGCAAAAGGGCCAGAGACGUUCUAUGAAGAAGUACACCAAGAGAGCAUGA